CUCACUCCUCAAACCAAACCAAUCCAAUCCUCUAUUUCUCCACUCUCAAACCAAAUUUCUCACACCACCACCACCACCACCACCAUGCCUGUCUCCAUCCCCUCCGCCUCCAGCCUCCAGGACCUCUUCAGCCUGAAGGACCGGGUCGUCAUCGUGACGGGCGCCUCCGGGCCCCGCGGCAUGGGCAUUGAAGCCGCGCGCGGGUGCGCCGAAUUCGGGGCCAACAUCGCGCUCACAUACUCGUCGCGGGCCGAGGGCGGCGAGAAGAACGCGGAGGAGCUCCGCAAGACAUACGGGGUCAAGGCGAAGGCGUACAAGUGCGACGUGUCGGACUACAACAGCGUGCAGAAGCUGGUGGACGACGUGAUCGCCGAGUUCGGGCAGGUGGACGUCUUCAUCGCCAACGCGGGCCGCACGGCCAGCAGCGGCAUCCUGGACGGCUCGGUCAAGGACUGGGAGGAGGUCGUGCAGACCGACCUCAACGGCACCUUCCACUGCGCCAAGGCCGUCGGCCCUCACUUCAAGCAGCGCGGCAAGGGCAGCUUCAUCAUCACCUCCAGCAUGUCCGGCCACAUCGCCAACUUCCCCCAGGAGCAGACCAGCUACAACGUCGCCAAGGCCGGGUGUAUUCACAUGGCCCGCUCCCUGGCCAACGAGUGGAGGGAUUUCGCCCGCGUGAACAGCAUCUCGCCCGGUUACAUCGAUACGGGGCUGUCGGAUUUCGUCGACAAGAAGGUCCAGGAUCUGUGGAUGUCCAUGAUUCCGCUCGGUCGCAAUGGGGAUGCGAAGGAGUUGAAGGGCGCUUAUGUUUACCUGGCCAGUGAUGCGAGCUCGUACAUGACGGGUAACGAUAUGAAGAUCGAUGGUGGCUACACCGUUCGGUAAAUUCUACCGCGCGCUUGGGGAAGAAGGUGUUGUCGAUGUUAUGAUGUGUAUGUAUGUUAAUGCAGAAUGACCAUGUACUCUACUAUAUAAGUAUCUAUGAUCCAGAAGGAUCUGUUGUCUGGAAUCAAAUGAUCCACGAUGAAUA